AUGGCAUCUAAACAACAAUUGACAGAAAUAAAGAAGAAGAAAACUCUACCAAAGAAGAAACAGAACGCUCCACCGGUGAAGAAGAAAAGGUCGUCUCCAGCAGAGGAACACGCAGCAGACGACGGUGGAUCGUCGUCUCAGCCUAAUAAGCGGCCCCGCCGUUCUUCAAACCCUAAUCCUAAAAAUCUUCAACAAAAUCAGAGAGGAAAUCCGAAUACUUCUCCUGUUCGGGGCUCUGCCUCUGCAUCUCUUACUCCGGCCGCUGCCUCCGCUUCUCCUAUUCCGGCCGUUGCCUCCGCUUCUCCACCAGCGAACAGACAAAUCUCUCCAAAUAGAAACCCACAAGAUCAUCCCGUUACAUCUCUGUCUGUUUCUAAUUUCGGGUCUUCCACUAAGGGCGGGACACCUUCUUCUGAACAAGGAGACAAUGAGGAAAUUGGGGACUCGAGGGAAUCGAGGCACGGUGACCCUCGCACAUCUGAAGAACCACCUAAUGCUACGGAAGAGCAAAGAAUGGAAAUUUUCAAUGUCUUAGAACCAAAAGAAUGCGAGUUAGAGCUGUUGUGGGAUGUCAUGGGUGAAAGGUUAUGGGAUGACUUUGAGGUGCGAGAUGAUGAGGAUAGGAAUGACGCAAUUGUCGAUGGUUGGAACAAGCUUAUUUUCAUCGAUCGAGUAAAGAUUAUUUGGGAGGAUCUGUACCAGAUGGAUGCCAAAACUCGAAAGAACGAUCUGGAGAUACUUUGUGAAGAAUCUGAGGGACCGAGGGUGUGCGAGGAAAAUGAGGCAGGAGGUGAGAGUUUGGAAACGAGGCUAACAAAACUUAUGUAUAAAGAGUUGAAGAUGAGGGAUGACAAAAUUGCUGAGUUAGAAAAAAAAAUUAAGAGUAUGGAAGACGAUCGCAAUCCGAGCAACAUGGAUGAUUACGUCUUUGGUAGUGAUCAUUUUGACACCGGUGAACCGUUUGGCAACCUACAAAAGGAGUCUGAGAAGGCAAUGGAGGUUGAGGAUGAGCACGAGAAAGAGGGUGAGGAUGAGCACGAGAAGGAGGCAAUGGAGGUUGUUGCGGGUGAGAACGAGAAGGCAGUGGAAGGAGGCAAUGGAGAGGUUGAAGAGGAAUUGCAGUCUACACUUGAAGUAAUGGCAGCUGCUGCGGAGAAGGCUGAAGAAGCAAUGGCGAAUGCAGCCGCGCAAGAGAAAGCUGCAAAAGAAACUGUACAAAAGGAAGGAGAUGAGGCUGAGGAUGCUGCAAAAGAAGGUGUAGAUGAUGUGGGUGCCUUGACGAGGCCGAAGAGGGUGUUAAAGCCUUCUCGUUUGAAGAAGUCUCCGUUUGUUGAAAAGUAA